GUCGGCGGCGCCUGCGCGAAGCAAGUGGACGGUGUGGCUGGGUCCACGUGCGUCCCUCCCCGCAACUCCGCGGCCAGGAGCUCAGUGGCUCCAUGACCAGAGACACUCCGGCACCCACACCCCUCCCAGAGCGGCCAGUCCCGUUCUCCCGUCCUGGAGGCCCUGCGGCCACGUAUUACCAUGGUGACUGUGGGCAACUACUGCGAGGCCGAAGGGCCGGCGGGCCCUGUCUGGGCGCAGGGCGGCCUGAGCCCCUGCUUCUUCUUCACGCUCGUGCCCUCUACACUGAUGGCCCUGGGAGCUCUGGCCUUGGUGCUGGCCUUUCCCUGCAAGCGCCAGGAGCGGCCCGCCGGCGCCGAUGCGCUGUCCUGGAGAGCCGGCCCUAGUGUCGCUCCCUACGGGCUGCAGCUCUUUCUGGCCACUCUUCAGGUGGUGCUGCCCCUGGCCGGACUAGUCGGCCGAGUGGGCACUGCCCGAGGAGCCCCUCUGCCAGGCUAUCUACUGCUGGCCUGUGUAUUCGGGACUCUGGCCGGCGCCUGUGGCCUGGGGCUGCUUAUCGUGGAACGCAGCCAGGCCCGGCAGAGGCUGGCGAUGGGCGUCUGGAUGAAGCUCAGGCACAGCCCAGGGCUCCUGCUCCUCUGGACCGUGGCGUUUGCAGCCGAGAACUUGGCCUUGGUGUCCUGGAACAGCCGGCGGUGGUGGUGGGCGAGGACUGACUUGGGCCAGCAGGUCCAGUUUAGCCUGUGGGUACUGCGCUAUGUGGUCUCUGGAGGGCUGUUUGUCCUGGGGCUCUGGGCUCCUGGACUUCGUCCCCAGUCCUACACCUUGCAGGUCAACGGAGAGGAUGGCGAUAUUCAGAGGAGCCAGGUUCCAUCAGCAGAGGGGGCACAGCGGUCUACCUGGAAAGACUUUGGCCGAAAGCUCCGCCUACUGAGUGGCUACCUGUGGCCUCGGGGGAGUCCAGCACUGCAGCUGGUCGUGCUCAUCUGCCUGGGGCUCAUGGGCCUGGACCGGGGGCUGAACGUGCUGGUCCCCAUCUUCUAUAGGGACAUUGUGAACUUGCUGACUGAGAAGGCACCUUGGAACUCCCUGGCCUGGACUGUGAGCACCUAUGUCUUCCUGAAGUUCUUGCAGGGGGGUGGCACCGGCAGCACAGGUUUUGUGAGCAACCUGCGCACCUUCCUGUGGAUCCGCGUGCAGCAGUUCACCUCUCGCCGCGUCGAACUGCGCCUCUUCUCGCACCUGCAUGAGCUCUCCCUCCGCUGGCACCUGGGACGGCGCACCGGCGAGGUGCUGCGAGUCGUUGACCGGGGCACGUCCAGCGUCACAGGGCUGCUCAGCUACCUGGUGUUCAACAUCCUCCCCACGCUGGCUGACGUCAUCAUUGGCAUCGUCUACUUCAGCAUGUUCUUCAACGCCUGGUUUGGCCUCAUCGUGUUCCUGUGCAUGACCCUGUACCUCACCCUGACCAUCCUUGUCACUGAGUGGAGAACCAAGUUCCGCCGCGCGAUGAACACCCAGGAGAAUGCCACGCGGGCGCGGGCCGUGGACUCGCUGCUCAACUUUGAGACGGUGAAGUAUUACAACGCAGAGGGCUACGAAGUGGAACGCUACCGAGAGGCCAUCAUCAAAUACCAGGACUUGGAAUGGAAGUCGAGUGCCUCGCUGGUGUUACUGAAUCAGACCCAGAACCUGGUGAUUGGACUUGGGCUGCUGGCUGGCUCGCUGCUCUGUGCGUACUUCGUCAGUGAGCAGAAGCUGCAGGUCGGGGACUUCGUGCUCUUUGGCACCUACAUUAUCCAGCUAUACAUGCCCCUCAACUGGUUUGGCACCUACUACAGGAUGAUCCAGACCAAUUUUAUUGACAUGGAGAACAUGUUUGACCUGCUGAAGGAGGAGACCGAGGUGAAGGACCAUCCCGGAGCAGGGCCCCUCCGCUUUCACCGGGGCCGCAUCGAAUUUGAGAACGUGCACUUCAGCUAUGCCGAUGGGCGGGAGACCCUACAGGACGUGUCCUUCACUGUGAUGCCUGGACAGACCCUGGCCCUGGUGGGCCCGUCCGGAGCCGGGAAGAGCACAAUCCUGCGCCUGCUGUUCCGCUUCUAUGACAUCAGCUCUGGCUGCAUCCGAAUCGAUGGGCAGGACAUCUCCCAGGUGACCCAGCUCUCCCUUCGGUCUCACAUUGGAGUCGUGCCCCAGGAUACCGUCCUCUUCAAUGACACCAUUGCUAAUAACAUCCGCUACGGCCGUGUCACCGCCGGGGACGAUGACGUGGAGGCCGCUGCUCAGGCUGCAGGCAUCCACGACUCCAUUCUGGCUUUCCCAGAAGGGUACGAGACUCAGGUGGGUGAGCGGGGCCUGAAGCUGAGCGGCGGGGAGAAGCAGCGUGUGGCCAUCGCUCGCACCAUCCUCAAGGCUCCAGACAUCAUCCUGCUGGACGAGGCAACGUCAGCGCUGGACACGCCCAACGAGAGGGCCAUCCAGGCAUCUCUGGCCAAAGUGUGUGCCAACCGCACCACCAUCGUUGUGGCACACAGACUCUCAACGGUGGUCAGUGCUGACCAGAUCCUCGUCAUCAAGGAUGGCUGUGUUGUGGAGAGGGGCCGGCACGAGGCUCUGUUGUCCCGAGGUGGGGUAUAUGCUGACAUGUGGCAGCUGCAGCAGCAGGGACAGGAAGACAUCUCAGAAGACAGCAAGCCCCAGGUCGUGGCACAGUGACAGAGUUGCAGCCACUUUCCUGCCAAAGGCUAGCUUGGAGGGGACUCCCAUAACGCCCUUCUCCCUGGACCUGGGGCAUGUGCACACUAGAGGGUGGGAAAGGGGGCUUCUGGGAAAAAGCCUUCUGCAUCAAUAAAAGUGUUGACUGUA